UGUUGCAGGCAAGUUAAACUUUAGUGCUUUAUAUAACUAUGUAGACUGUCAGGUAGUGAGAAAGCAGCAAAAUAAACCACUAAUACAUGAAAUAUUGAAGUCAACAUUAAGACUGUCAAAAUCAGAGUGGAGGACAGCUCUGAGCCAGAAGGUGGCAGUGAUACAACAUUCAGCAUGGUAACUGCUGCAAAACCACAACAAGGAAGAAGAAGAAAACAAAGCGUACUCAGACUGGCAGUUUCAACUUUGGGCGGGCUUUUUAGCAAACAUGGCACAUCAAGCAACUGCUCCUCUUUUUGUGUUGGGAGUCUUUUUAAAAGGUCUAACAGCUCUGAUACAGACACAGCAGACUGUGGUGGCAGCAGUGGGAGAAGAGGCUCAUUUAACCUGUCAGCUCACACAGUCUAAAGACGUUCGACAAGUCACAUGGCAGAAAGUUUUACCUGAAGGAAAGAAGACUGUUGCAGCCUACAGCAAAAUCUUUGGUCCAAGAGUGAAUCCUAACUUCACAGACAGAGUGGAGAUUAAAGAUGGUGAACUGCAGAACAGCUCCAUAGUUAUCAGGAAGCUGAUGGAGCAGGAUGAAGGCUGCUAUCUCUGUCUGUUUAACUGCUACCCUGAUGGAGCUCUCACUGGUAGAACCUGCCUCCAACUCUAUGAGCUGCAUGAACCCAUUCUCCAUGUGAGAGAAUCAGACUCUGCUGAAGAGUCAGUUGUGUCCUGCUCGGCCACAGGACGACCUGCUCCAACAGUAACACUGACUGUCACACAACUACACCUCUCACACCACAACACUGUCAGAGUCAACAACACCAACGGUACAGUCACUGUCACCACUACAGCUGAGCUGGCACGUUCCCAUGACAACAGUGCACAGGUUGGAUGUGCAGUGCGAGUGCUCUCUGUUCAGAAAGAGGUGUUUCUGAUGAUUCCUGAGCUCAAACAGACGUCUGCUGAUGGUUCUGAUCAGAAAUCUGGAUCUGAUCACAGAAACUACACCAGGACUCUGACUGUUGCAGUGGCUGGUGGUCUCGCCGGUCUCAUUACCAUAGUCAUCAUCAUCAUCACUAUCCUACUAAAACAAAACCAGAAGAACAGCAACGUUGAGAUGAGUGAGAUGAAUCAACCUACAAUCAACAUCACUGAUAUGACCCAAACACCUUUAGUUAAACAGGAGAACAAUGAGAUCAGAAAACGGACACCACCUGAGAAAAACCAAGAAAGUGACAACUUUGUGCCGUCAGCCUCAGCAACAAGAAAACUUAAUUUUGACCAAUGUUAAUUGAACAAAAUAGCAUCAAAGCUCGAAAUAUAAGAUAGCUUAGUACUCUGAAAAAGCUGAAAGUUCACACUAAAAUCACUGUACAAUAUUCACGUCUACAGAUCCAGACGUUUGUUCUUAUCCAGUUUUUGGACAUUGGUAUUUUCAGUUGGUAUUAUUGCUAUCACUGCUAUUGUUGUUAUGUCUUUUAUAGAUGCUGCUGAUAAUGACACUCAUGCACUUAUCAAACCUUCAGAUUGUGAAUAUUGUGAACUUUUUCUAUCUUUUUCUAUCUUUUGUAAAGCACUGUUAAUUAUCUUCUGAAGCGGUUCAGUAUAAAUUUGCCUUGAAAAAUCUGAAAGUGAACAAACAGAUGCAACGACAGACGCCUCCUGAAAACAGUCAAGAGCAACAACACAAAGCACCUUCACCUUCAGAAGAAAAGAGACUUAAUUUUGAUUUUAAUGUUGAUGUUUUUGUACUAUUUUUUUUAAAACAUUGUUGAUAGAUGUAAUUAUUUGUAAUAUAUGUUAAUAUAUUGCAUUUUUAAAAUUUUGAAAAUAAUGGACAAAAAUAAAAAUGAGUUUUAGAA